AUGGGGUCCUCUGACGAUCAGAAUUCGCCAUCGGAUACCCCACCAUCUGACUCUUCAUCAUCAUCGCCAACUCCUCCAUCUUCGUCGUCCUCAUCCUCAUCCUCAUCACCCUCUCCACCAUCAUCGAAUUCAGGUUCGGGUUCAAGCUCAGGUUCGAGUGGGGGUUCAGGUUCAGGUUCGAGUGGAGGUUCAAGUUCAAGUGGAGGUUCACCGCCCUCAUCAUCAUCCCCACCUCCAAAGGACUCAUCACCUCCUAAAAGCGACUCAUCCUCCUCAAACAACUCAAACGGCGGCUCGUCAUCUUCAGGAAACUCAAACAGCUCAUCCCCGCCUUCCGACAAGUCUUCCGGCGGUAACUCUUCCAAUAACUCUAACAACUCCGGUGGCUCCUCCUCCUCCUCCAACAAUUCGAAUAACUCAAACAACAACUCGAACAAUUCGAAUAACUCAUCGCCUCCUAGCAACAACAACUCGAACAACUCACCGCCUUCCAACGACAACAACUCCGACAAUUCCAAUAACAACAACUCCAACAAUUCAAACAACAACUCAAAUGACUCAAACAACCAAAACCAAAAGUCCCCUCCACAGUCCAAUUCUCAAAAGAGUCCUCCAUCGUCCUCCUCUAACAAUAACAAUAAUGGAGGGAAUCAGAACAAUAAUAACAAUAAUGGAGGGAAUCAGAACAACAACAACAACAACGGCAACGGCAACGGCAACGGCAACGGCAACAACCACCAAAACAACCAAAACAACCAAAACAACCAAAACAAUCAAAACAACAACAACAACAACCAUAAUAAUAACAACAAUAACUCUCAGUCGCCACCCAAAUCAUCCAAUGGGAACAAUUGGUCACCAAAAUCGUCCAAUAAUUGGUCACCCCCAGCCAUAUCAGGCAAGUCCCAUCCAUCACCUGAUAAUGAUGGGUCACCGCCGCCUUCGCACUCGAGUUCGAGCUCCACGCCCAUCAUCAUAGGAGUUGUAGCUGCGGCAGGGGUUUUGUUGCUUGUCAUGGUGUUCUUCUUCAUGGCGUGCUCUAAGAGGAGGAAGAAGAGACAAACUUCUUCUCACCUUAUGGAGAACCCUGAGCCAUAUCAUCCAAAUGGAAGUAACUAUUGGCAAAGCACUGGACCUAAAAGUACCGAGCACAUUAUGAACAUGCCUCCUUCUGGCCGCGCACCCAAUGGAGGUUGGACUACAUCCACAGCUCCACCGCCACCCAUGAUGAGCAGCGAAAUGAGUUCCUCCAACUUCUCCGGUCCACAUGGUCCCCCCUUGCCGCCACCACACCCUAAUGUGGCUCUCGGGUUCAACAAGAGCACUUUCACCUAUGAUGAGAUGGCGGCUGCAACAUCAGGGUUUGCGCCAGCUAAGCUAAUAGGCCAAGGUGGUUUCGGGUACGUGCACAAAGGGGUGUUGCCAAACGGCAAGGAAAUCGCUGUGAAGAGCCUCAAAGCGGGUAGCGGACAAGGCGACCGUGAAUUUGCAGCCGAGGUUGAGAUCAUUAGUCGUGUUCAUCAUCGCCACCUUGUGUCGCUUGUGGGGUACUGCCUUGAAGGAGAACGAAAGCUGUUGGUGUAUGAAUUUGUUCCUAACAACAACCUCGAAUUCCACCUCCACGGACCAAAUCGGCCACCCUUGGAAUGGGGUCACAGGGCCAAAAUUGCGUUGGGAUCGGCUAAAGGGCUUGCUUACUUGCACGAAGACUGUCACCCCAAGAUUAUCCACCGCGACAUUAAGGCUGCAAAUAUUCUGAUUGACUUUAGCUUCGAAGCUAAGGUGGCAGAUUUUGGGCUGGCAAAGCUGAACCAGGAAAAUGUCACUCAUGUAUCUACCCGUGUCAUGGGAACAUUUGGGUACUUGGCUCCUGAGUACGCAUCGAGUGGAAAGCUAACCGAGAAGUCCGACGUUUUCUCUUUCGGUAUUAUGCUCUUGGAGCUCAUCUGUGGACGCCGCCCUGUGGACUUGUCUGGGGAAUAUGAGGAGGAUACCUUAGUAGACUGGGCUAGGCCUCGCUGCCUGAAAGCAAUAGAUACUGGGGACUAUUCUGAAGUGUUGGAUCCACGGCUAGAGAACAAUUAUAACCAUGAAGAGGUGGCACGAAUGGUGGCAUGUGCUGCUGCGAGCGUUCGACACUCUGCGAAGAAGCGACCAAGAAUGAGCCAGAUUGUUCGUGCAUUGGAAGGCGAUGUCUCAAUGGAAGACUUGCACGAGGGGAUCAAAGGGCAGUUUGGCUCCGGCUCUACCAGCAUUGCUUCAUCUGAGUUUGAUGCUGACUCGUACAAUGCGAAAAUGAAGCCGUUCAGAAAGCCGGCACUGAUUGACAGCACAGACUAUCCAAGCAGUGAAUACGGGCCCACAAGCGAGUACAGCCACAACUCCACCUCUGCAAGCAGCAAUCACUCCCAAGAGAUGGACAACAAGAAAGGGAUGAACCGGCCACAAGGUCCAGUUUGA